AGUUCAGAUUCGUAAAUAUAACGUACAUAUUCGGACCUGAAUGUUAGAUUCGAUUCGAAUUGUUAUUUAAGAUGAAAACAAAAUGCAAAUUCUGGAGUCGGUGUUGAAAUAUAUUUCUAAUACAAAGGUCAGGCUUUAGUAUCCAAGCAAUAACAGAGUCUCUUAUCAGUAGUUAAUUUUCGUUUUCAUUUCGACUACUAAAGAUAAACCUGCCUUUCGUUGAUGAAGACGAUAUUACAACUGAGAAGAUAAAUUAGUUUGUGCUGUUCGGUGAUUGAAUUGACAAUGGCAACGUGUGUAGUUAGUAGACGUUUAUUGGAUAGAUAUUUUCCAAAAUUAAUGUUACAAGGACUAACGUCAACAUUUCCUGGACAAGAAAAACGAGGAAUAUACACAUUAGACCCUAUAGAUAAAAAUGAGACCACCUUCAAUAAGAUGCUCAUUGCCAAUCGAGGAGAAAUAGCAUGCAGAAUAAUAGACACUUCCAAGAAAAUGGGUAUUCAAACAGUUGCAGUCUAUUCUAUUGCUGAUAGGCAAUCGAAACAUGUCAGUAAAGCUGAUGAAGCUGUAUUUAUUGGGCCGGCAGCUGCUUCUGAAUCUUACCUCAACAUGGAUAAAAUAGUGGAAGCCGUUAAAUCUACAGGAGCGGAAGCUGUGCAUCCCGGCUACGGUUUUUUAUCUGAAAAUGCCCAAUUCGUUCAGAAACUGGAGGAAGAAGGAGUAUUUUUCGUAGGUCCCUCUAUCGGUUCGUUGACUGGAAUGGGCGACAAGUUAGAAUCCAAAAGACUGGCGGCCAAGGCUGGCGUAAACACGAUUCCCGGAUACGAUGGCGUAAUAAAGGAUGCAGAUCACUGUGUGCAAAUAUCCAGGGAAAUUGGCUAUCCGGUUAUGAUAAAGGCCUCGGCUGGCGGAGGUGGCAAGGGGAUGCGUAUUGCCCGAAACGACGAGGACGCCAGAGCAGGUUUCAAAUUAUCAACACAAGAAGCCAUGUCCAGUUUUGGUGAUUCUAGAAUGCUGGUGGAAAAAUUCAUAGACAAUCCAAGACACAUAGAAAUUCAGGUAUUAGGAGACAAACACGGAAAUGUAGUAUACCUCAAUGAAAGGGAAUGUAGUAUUCAAAGAAGAAAUCAAAAAGUUGUGGAGGAAGCUCCAAGCACGUUCUUGGACGAAAAAACGAGAAAAGCAAUGGGAGAGCAAGCAGUGAGGCUGUGUAAGGAGCUAGGCUACUAUUCUGCAGGUACGGUGGAAUUUUUGGUAGACGAAAGCAGGAACUUCUACUUCCUCGAAAUGAAUACUAGACUGCAAGUAGAACAUCCAAUUACUGAGUGCAUAACUGGAGUAGAUCUAGUUCAGCAGAUGCUGCGAGUAGCCAAAGGUCAUAAACUCAAUAUAAAACAGGAAGAUGUAAAAAUAAAUGGAUGGGCGAUAGAAAACAGGGUUUAUGCUGAAGACCCAUACAAGAACUUUGGUCUACCCAGUGUCGGAAGGCUUUAUUCUUACAAAGAACCCACACAUUUACCAGGGGUGAGAUGUGAUAGUGGAAUUGAAGAAGGAAGUGAAAUCAGUAUUUACUAUGAUCCUAUGAUUUGUAAACUUGUAUGUUAUGGGAAGGAUAGAAACGAAGCAAUCUCUAGAAGUAUAGCUGCUUUAGAUCAGUACAUAAUCAGAGGGGUCACCCAUAAUAUCCCUUUGUUGAGGGAUAUAUUGACCGAAAAAAGGUUCAAUGAAGGAAACAUCAGCACAAACUACCUGAAUGAAGUGUAUGGAGAAGGAUUCCAAGGAAGAAAACUAAACGACUCUGACAAAUAUAAAAUGAUUGCUGUUUCCGUCGGUAUUUUUGCUAAAUGGGAUACAAGAAACAGUCAGUUUUUGAACAGUACUAAAAUAAGGAUACACGAAAAAGUACGUGAUAGCUGGGAUUUGUUUGUGAAAUUUGAUGGAGAGGAUAUUCCUGUGAAAGUAUCUCAAACUAACGGUUUAUACAAAGUAGAAAUAGGAGAUGAAAUUAUAGAAAUAAAUAAAGAUGAUAUAAAUCUAUCAGAAUCGCUCAUCUUGACUAAAAUAGGUAACGAUGAAGUUGUGGCCAUGCAACUGGCUUCUAGGAAUGCUCAUGGAGAAUAUCAGAUGAUUUUCCAAGGAACGAAGCAUAACAUGAGAAUUCUAACAGUACCAGCAUUCGAUUAUCUGAAAUGGAUGAAACAGAAACCUAAAAUAGACGUAUCAAAACAACUAAUUGCACCGAUGCCUGGUAUUGUGAAGAGCGUAUCCUGUAAAAUUGGAGAUAAAGUUAUGGAGGGCCAAGAAUUAUGCGUCGUAGAGGCAAUGAAGAUGCAGAAUUCAAUGAGCUGUGGUUCAAGUGGAACAGUUAAAAUAAUGAAUAUUGAAGAAGGACAGACUGUUGGAGAAAAUGAUCUUUUAAUUGAGUUAGAAUAAAAAAUUUCCAAUAAAUUUUUUUAUGAAUACAAUAUGUU